AUGGACCUCGAUCCGAACAUUGUAAUUAAUCACGAGGAACAAGGGGAGGCGCUAGUUAACCCAGAGAGAGGCUAUUCAAACGCGAUGCAGAAUCCAAUGUCGUCCGGAAGUCAGAAAAUCGACAUGUGGAGGAAUCGAAAUUUUGAUAGUGGCUUCCAAACGAUGAAUCAUAGCGAGGCGCCGUCGAUCAUUUCCUCGUUGCAUCCAUCUUCUCAUAUUUCGGGUAUGUCAUCUGUUGCUGAUUAUGAGCAAGCACCAUCGUUGUCGGAUCAGCAGAACAUCAAAUUUGAUACAAUCUCAUAUAAUGGCGGCCCGACAGGUAGUGGGACCGAUUCGCAGUAUGGAAGUGCAGUGAGAGCUAUUCCGGAGCUCAUGAAUCUAAUGAGUGACCAGGACCAUGCGGUAGUUCAUAAGGCGAUCUAUAUAAUGCAGAAUAUUGCAAAAAUGGAUAGCGAUCCGAUGCGACGACAGAAGGAAUCUGUUAUAACGGACUAUCGCGUUAUAAUUGCUUUGAGAAAUGUGCUUCGCGACAAGAAGGAUCAUCCGAAUAUUAUUCGGUUGGCGCUUGGAACUCUUUUCCAUAUAGGGAAUCGCCAGGAAGGGCUUGACCUUAUCUUCCGAGCGGUUAGCAUCGAACAGGAUUUUAUUCAACACCUGGUUUCGCAUAUAAUGACAAUCCCAUUUUCAUGUUAUAAAUAUGCACUUUUCACGUUGCAUUCUAUCCUUUCUGAUAGAACGCGUGGAAAUAUUUGCUUGCAACUUUCUAGGCAAUGCGAAGCGCUACGGUACGUUAUUAAUUGGCUUGAAGAGGAGAAAAGCGAGAAGCUUCUUCCGGUGAUUGUUGACCUCACUAGAAUAUUGUGCGAUAAGUCAAAUGAUCAAAAGGCAUUGUUCAUAAACCUCGGCGGUUCCAAGAAGCUUCUUCAUAUAAUUUUCACAUACCGCUACGAAAACCUUCUUUGGCGAAGUACACAACUUUUGAAGACCUUCUCGAACUUUGACGCUAAUGAUUUGGUGCAAUGCGGAGCGCGAGACGUUCUCUCGAAAAUGUUGACACAUGAAAGCCCACGUUUGGUGAUCUCCACAUUAGAAACACUGAGAAAUAUAAGCGAUGUGCCGUCGCCAUACAACGAAGAUAAUUUGUUAAAAUGCCUACUGAUGCUUCUCGGGUCACGCAACCCAAUGAUGAUGCUUUACACUGUGCAGAUUCUGUCGAAUAUGGUGGCUAAUAACAAGAGGAAUAAGGAGCUAAUGGUAUGCAAUCAAGCAGUUGAAAUGCUCCUUCGAUCAUUAGUAGAAGCUUCAUAUGUACAAGGAUUGAGUAAUAAAGAAGCACAUCAUAUGGAAGAGUUCAUGGAGAGUUUAAUCUGCACACUUCGGCAAUUAUGUGUUGGCCACUCCUAUUGCGAUCGGGUCCAGCUCAUGAUUUUCAAAGAGCCCCUCGUAUUUCUUGACAAAUUAAUGAGAAUGCGGCCAAUACUUUUGAAGCAGACUUUAAAUCUUCUUCUAAAAGUGGCUAGCCAGAAUGCAAAUCUACUGGCAUUUCGUGAUGUCAAAGCAGGAACCGUUGGUUUUGCUCAGCAAAUCAUUCAUGUAAUGAAAGUUGCUUGCGCUCAAUUGCAGACGCAAGAUGUGAUUGAAGGAAUUAAACUGAAGGAUCUUGUGCAUUUAUCCAUUGAGCUCUUGCGCGCGAUCAGCCGCCAUCAUGACAUUCAAGAGCAGAUUGUGUUCUUUCUGCGAACACCGGAAAAUUGCAAAAUCGGCGAGAUUCACACAAUGCUUCCAAUUUUCGUCCUUCAAAAAUCGGGAAUUGAUGAGAACACAAAGAAGUCGACACUUGUUCUGAUUUACAAUUUGAUGUUUAAUGAACAGAUGGCGGCCGUUUUGGAGAACAACCAUGUGUUCAUGAACAUGAUCGCUCAACUCAAAAAUUGCAUGUCUCCAGAGAUUAGCGGAUUAGCGGAGAACAUUCUGAGGAAGAUUUAUGAUAAGAGGCACUCGAACUUUGCUGAUAUAUUCUUAAUGGACAAGAAGCAUGACUCAUAUCUGCGAAAUGAGUCUAUGGACACAUCUUUAAAUGAAAGUUUCGAUGGAGCUGGAGAGCAAUGGUCACAAAUGCCGGGUUGUGAUGAUCCAUUUGUUGAAAUGUAUUGCGGAUCAGCCAUGGAAGCAGAUUCAAAGACGUUCAACUCUCCAAUCUACAAUUCUCCGAAUCCCAUGUAUCCGCCUUCGACUCCACAAGAUUAUUAUAUGGAGCAGCAGCCCUCGUCAUCUUCUACCAAUCGUGUCCCAGAAAGAUUAUAUUCCAAUAAUUACCCUCAUCCAAUGUACAAUAGCCCAGCGGAGUAUAAUCAUAAAUAUCCCGAUUAUCCACAUUCAAACAGUCAACUGAAACGAUUCUAA